CGACAAUAUACAACAAUGUAUUAUUUUCAAGAGUCUCUUUCGUAUAUCAAAGAUUCUGUGGUUAACUACGUAGACAUCGACUAUUCAUUGUGGAUAACAUGGUUUUUAGCACCUUUAAUUAUAACGUUCCUUUUACCAGGAAUAAUAGGGCUAUUCCUAUAUUUGAGCGCUUUUAUCCUUUAUAUUUAUAAAUUACAUUGGAAUACUAUCAAAAGAACUUUGCAGACUGGAGAUAAAUGGGAUACAGCUCGUAAAACUGUCGGUGCUCUUUGGGACGCACAUGGAUGGAUUUGGCAUGAUUAUGAAAUAAAUGGUAUAGAAAAUCUGCCAAAGGACGGUCCUGCUUUAUUAAUUUAUUACCAUGGUGCAAUUCCUGUAGAUAUUUAUUACUUUAUAGUAAAGGUACUAUUUGCCAAAAACAGACUGGUGCACACUGUAGCAGAUCACUUUUUAUUCAAGGUACCAGGGUUCAGUGUAUUAGCGGAGUGUAUGAGAGUGAUUCCAGGAACUGUACAAACUUGUUCGAAUCUAUUAAAAGAUGGAAAUAUUCUUGCGAUUUCGCCGGGUGGCGUAUAUGAAGCUCAAUUUAGUCUGCACUAUAACUUAAUGUGGAAAAAAAGGCUUGGAUUUGCAAAGGUGGCUUUGGAUGCUAAAGUUCCAAUAAUUCCUAUGUUCACCGAAAAUCUACGAGAAGCAUUUAGAACAGUUAGUUUCGGACGGAGACUGUUUCUUCGCUUGUAUGCUCUACUGAAAUUUCCAAUAGCUCCCAUUUAUGGUGGUUUUCCUGUUAAAAUGAUCACGCAUUUAGGGAAACCUAUUCCUUAUGAUGAAAAUUUAACACCAGAACAAUUGCAAACUAAGGUUUCUUUGGCCAUUGAAGAUCUCAUCAAGAAACAUCAACGAAUUCCUGGAAAUAUUUUAUAUGCUCUGCUAGACAGGAUACCUCAGUUUAGGAAGGAAAAAAGUAAAAACACUUGACCUUACGUUUUUCAGAGGCGUACCAGUAUUCAACUUAGAAGUGUUUGAUUACAUUCCAAUAUAUUAACUUUGUCGUUCAUCAAAAUAAACGUAUCAGAAGAAUAUAUCUACUUAAGAAGUAAAAAAAGAAACUUAAAACAUUUGUUUAUAUGUAUAGAGAUUUAUUUAAAAUAUUGUAUUAUUUUUUUUAGAUUUAGAAAAUACUCAAUAUUACAGAUUUUUUAAACGAUUACUUCAAACAAAGCGACUUAGGACUUUUUACAUAAUUAUUAUUAUUUUUAAAAUACGUAAAUGACACUUAAAAGAAAAAAUAGUCUAAGUAAUGAGUACUUAUUUUAAAGUUGAGAUUGUUUUUGUACCUAAUGAUUGUGAUAAGUGUAAACUAAUCUGUAAUGGAUUAUGUGAAGAUUCUAUAAAAUUUUUAUUAGAUGUAUAAACUUGAUUUUUUUGUACUUUAGAAUAAUUAAUUAUUGAUAGGAAGAGGUUAUUUGGCAUAUAAAGUGAAAUAAAUUAUCAAAAGCAU